AUGUGUGCUGGUCAUCACAAACCCGUGUGUGGCUCUGACGGCUUCCAGUACGCAUCCCAUUGCGAGCUGCACAGGGUGGCCUGUGUCAACCGCAUCCACAUCAGGGUAGAUAGGAGGAGCAAGUGCUUUCAGGAGGAAAUUGAGCAGAAAGAAAAGAUCUGGCUGAUGGAGCAACAACGACUGUUGCAGGAGAAAAGUGAGAGGCAGAAACAGUCAGAGAAAAAAAUCCAGAUCUCCCCAUCUAAUAAAUACCCAGCAAAUGAUAAUGCUGAAGAGAAAAUUUCUACUGUGACAGAAAAGGCAACAACACCAGCGACUGUGACAAAUGACAAGAAAGAGUGCACCUGGAAGGAGAUGGGUGAAUUUAAGGAAGCUCUUCUCAUGUUCUAUUGUCAGAAAUUUGCUGAACCAAACUGUAAAUUGGAAGUCAAAACUGAUCGUGAAUACCUGUCAAUGCUGGUAUUCAGUUAUUGUGACAGAGACUAUGACUACUAUCUCACAGUCAAAGAAUUGGACGAUAAAGAAAGAGAUGAACAUUUUGGCAAGAAUAUUAUCCACAACUGUCACCUUCAUGACUUUAUCAAGUAUGCUGACAAUUUGGAGACUGAUGGCAAGCUCACUGUGUCAGAGUUCACCAGUGCUUUCGAAAUGCCUGUUCCAACCACACCCCCUCAUGUACAGAUUGAGGUGAUACCAACCCUGGCAUCUGCAGGGAAUGGUUUGGAACUAAAGUGUGGAAUAGAUGCUGCAACUAUCAUCUGGAAACGACAUGGUGCACAACUCUCAGAUGACAAACGUAGCCACCAACUCAUGGUGUUUGAUGAUGGAGCAUUGUUCUUCAGCACAGUCGGUCUUCACCACAUCGGCAACUACACUUGUAUGGAUGCCAGUGAUGAGUCUAAAGCCCAGAUACAUCGACUCAGAGUUCAGUCUUUGCCAAUUGUUGAGGUAAUGCCUGUUGUUCAGACUCACAUGACAGGAUCAGAUGUUGAACUGAAGUGCCAUGCUGAAGGGGUGCCCAAGCCUGUCAUUACAUGGAAACUGGCUGGGAAAGCCCUGCAGAACUCUCCCCAUACAACCCACUACUAUGGAGGAGGUCAUAUUGUCAUCCACAAUGCAAAGUUUGACACUGACGCUGGUACAUACACAUGCAGUGCACACAGUCAAGCUGGAACCACUGAGAAGUCUGUUGCUGUUCACAUAUUGCCUCCAUCUGUUUCUACUUCAAAAGAAUCACCGAAAGAGUCUGGCACAUUUGUAGUGUUUCACUCUAAAGGCAUUUCUGCUUAUGAUCCUUUGAGAUGUCUGCUGAGACAUCAAGUUCCUGCUGACUUUAGUAACUUCAAGUUUAUCCCUGAAGCCUUAGACAGUCCUUUAACUCUUUGCAGUAAAGGAAAGGAUUGUCAGUGGGGAGAAGCUGUGAAAGUAGGGUCCGAGUUCAUUUACGUCUGUCAGCCAGCCCAGAACCGAGUUAUGGUGAUGAAUUCUGGGGAUAGCUGGAAUCCUCUGCAGAUAAUAGACACAGACAAAAGACCAGAGAAGCUGUGGUAUGUCAAACAUUUAGACCAGGUGUGGGUGUUAUGUAGCAGUCAGGAGCAUGCAGACAAUGGUAAAACUAUCAUGGUUAUCAGAGACGCUAGUCAACAUAUUCAGCAUCGAUCUGUACACACACAGCCAGUGGGAAAUCACUUUGACAUGGUUCAGGAUUUGUUCUUAGCUCCAGCAAAUGAUCUUGAGCAUGAGUUUUCAUUUGGAUAUGUCUCUCAUCGUGGCCAGAAUGGACUCUUUAAGCUAAGUCUGGAGGAUAUGAGCUACACAAAGGCCAUUGAUCUGACCAACUAUGGUUGUGUUCCCACCAACAUUGCCUUUGUGCCCAUAGGAGGGCAUGUCGUCAUCCAGUGUGUCUCAGCAGCAGAUCAACACACCCUGCAACUGGUGAUGGACUACCUUACAGACACCAUCACCUCAACAACAUCCCUCAAUGGCUACCCUAUGACCUCGCCAGACUCACGACAUUUAGUUUCUGUGGAUAAAUUAACUGGCAAAGUUAUUGUGACUUCAGUUUCAGAUGAGGGAGCUUUGGAGACCACCUAUGAAGUCACAGUGAGUGCCAGCAUUAGUGAUGUUGCUUUUAUGCCUGCCAUAUCUCAUCAAGGUUAUGACCUUGUGUUGACUUCUGCUGAUGAUGAUGAUGUCAUUAUUAUGAAUCUAGUGACUGGAAAAGUAGAGAAAAUCCCAGGAUCUCAGUAUCUGGAUCCAACAAACUCGUGGCACCCAUCUCCUAUCCACCGACAUAUCAUCAGUGGGAACAGCAUGAGCAAUUACCUAAUGGUCCCAUCCAGGUCAUCCCUGGCAAUCCUGGAUGCCAAGUUUAAACAGGUGGAGUGUGAGUUUCUGGACUCUGUUAGCAGCAAGGUCAUGUUAUACAUCCCAAGCUCCUAUACUAGUUCUUGA